AUGGUUUUGAAGAUCAUCCAGCAUUUCCCACUCAAGAAGCCAGACGGAUGGAAUGAGCUCUGGAAGCAUGACAUUCAUCCAUGGGACAACCCCACACCUAGCCCUGCAUUGGUUGAGGUCAUCGAACAGAAGCCUAUUUCUGCUCAGAUCCCGAAAACAGGCAAUGUUCUUGUCCCUGGCUGUGGUCGUGGCGUUGAUGUCUUUUACUUGGGUAAUGAGCACCGUAAGGCUAUUGGAUUGGAUAUCAGUCCCAUUGCUGUCCAGCAGUGUAAAGAUAUUCGAACUCAAAAGGGUAUUCCUGAAUCCCAUGUUGACUUCAUGGUUGGUGAUUUUUUCAAGUUUGACAUUCCUGCUGGAGGAUUCAAGCUUAUUUAUGACUACACUUUCUUCUGCGCAAUUCAACCCGAGCUGCGCCCUGCCUGGGGCAAAAGAAUGGCUGAACUGAUCGCCAAAGAUGGCAUCCUGAUUACUCUCAUGUACCCCAUUGGAACCCAUACAGAUGGUCCCCCUUUCGCUGUCAGUGAGGCCGCUUAUCAUGAACAGUUGGAUCUUAACUUUGAAUGUCUGUUAAUCGACGACUGUACCUCAUUUGAAACUCGCCAAGGCAGAGAAAAGAUCGGUAUCUGGCGUCGUAAGUAAAGACAAAAGUGGGGGUCGUCUAUAGCCCGAACCCAUGUCUCGACUUUCUUCUAUAUAUUUCUAGAAGCAGAGUUGUACAAAAUCAAUAAAGUGACAGAACAUGCAAGUCAUAUUGGUAACAGAUUUUAUGCAUCCAUGUUAGAAGUUAAAUGUACACCAAUACAAUAAAAGUAUACUCUAUCUCGUUUG